GCAAGUUUCUUUAGAUAAAAAAAAACAAAAGGAUUGUUUAGUGAGAGAACCCAAUCUCGGCCAUAGUUAAAGAGCUUCGGAUCUUCAGAGUGAUCCGCUACACACUGACACACAUCCGCUAAAAAUUUAGCCAUGGCUACGACUCAACCCAGCAAACUCUCUCUCUUCCCUCUACUCUCCCUCCUCUGCUUCACCUCCAUUUUCCUCCUCCUCUCCCUCUCUAAACGCGCUUCCCUCUCCUCCCCUUCCACCCACCCAUCCGCUCGCACCGUCUUCCCCCCUAAACCCGACUCUUCCCUCCGCACCACCACCUGCGACCUCUCCCACGGCUCAUGGAUCCACGACCCGAACCCCAGAUCCGCUAGAUACGAUAGCAGCAGCUGCAAAGAGAUCUUCAAAGGAUGGAACUGCGUCCGUAACAACAAAACCAACGGCCUCGAGAUCUCCAAGUGGCGUUGGAAGCCUAACGACUGUGAUCUCCCUCCGUUUGAUCCUCUCGUGUUUCUAGAAACUCACCGAGAUACCAACAUUGGGUUUGUAGGUGAUUCUUUGAAUAGGAACAUGUUUGUGUCUCUCUUCUGUAUGUUGAAGAGUGUGAGCAGCGGUGAUGUUAAGAAGUGGAGACCGGUGGGUGCAGAUCGUGGAUUCACUUUCUUGCGUUUUAAUCUCACCAUUGCUUAUCAUCGAACCAAUCUCUUGGCACGUUAUGGUAGGUGGUCAGCUAAUGCUAAUGGUGGUGAGUUAGAAGCUCUUGGAUUCAAAGAGGGAUAUAGAGUUGAUGUUGAUGUUCCAGAUAGCUCAUGGGCGAAAGCUCCAAGCUUCCAUGACAUUCUCAUUUUUAACACCGGGCAUUGGUGGUGGGCUCCCUCGAAAUUUGAUCCGUUAAAAUCUCCUAUGCUUUUCUUUGAAGGCGGUAGGCCAAUACUUCCUCCUGUACCCCCUGCGGAUGGCCUAGAUCGGGUCCUGAGCAAUAUGGUUAAUCAUGUCGAGAAAACAAAGCGACCUGGGGGGAUCAUUUUCUUCCGGACACAAUCACCUAGGCAUUUUGAAGGAGGUGACUGGAACCAAGGUGGUACUUGUCAAAGACUGCAACCCUUGUUACCUGGAGAGGUUGAAGAAUUCUUUUCGGUAAGGAACAACGGAACAAAUGUAGAAGUUCGUUUGGUGAAUCAACACCUUUAUAACUCCCUCAAAAGUAGAAGAGGUUUCCACAUUUUGGAUAUAACUGGAAUGAGCGAGUACAGAGCCGAUGCUCAUCCGUCGACGGCUGGUGGAAAGAACCAUGAUGACUGUAUGCAUUGGUGUCUCCCGGGCCUCACCGACACUUGGAACGAUUUGUUUGUCGCAAAUCUCCAUAGGAUUAAAGUUUUGUAAACCUGAAUCACAUUCAUUCCAUUGAUUAGUUGGGUCUUCUCCUCUUUUACGUCAUAGUUGAAACCUUUCUUUGUGUUGUAAAUUAUGAUGUUUUUAUCCACCAAAUUCUUCUACAUUUCAUAAUUGAUGUUUUUAUAAAGUUCUUUUUUCAAAAUAUAAGAUAUUUGGAUAUUGUUGAA